UUAAGUGAGAAAAGAAAGAAAUACAAAAUGGCACAAGACUCAACUGAUAUUAAAGAAACCAUUGGAGCACUUGACGAUUAUGUUCUUCUAGGACGUGGAAAUCAUCGCAAAUCUCUUGUUGAAAACCUUGAUCAAAGCCUUAAACGACUGGGAACUGGAUAUAUUGAUCUCAUGUAUGUUCAUGUUUGGGAAUUUCGUACUCCUAUUGAAGAAGUAAUGCGUUCUUUAGAUGAUGUUGUUAGAAGUGGCAAGGUGCUUUAUAUCGCGAUUAGCAAUGCACCAGCAUGGGUGCUUAGUCGUGCAAAUACGAUGGCUGAAUUACGUGAAUCGGCUGCUAACUUAGAAAUGCCUGAUACUAUGAGAAGUCAACGUGUUAACUCAAUUAAAAGAUUAGCUGAAAAUGAGCAAAAUUGGAAAAUCUUUGAUGAAGUUACAACUAUUGCUGCUGAAACCAAGAGAACUCCUGUUCAGAUCGCUUUGAAUUGGAUCUCACAAAAACCUGGCAUUACUUCGCCUCUUAUCGGUGCUAGAACAAAAGCUCAAUUAAUUGAAAAUCUUGGCGCUCUUGAAUUCAAAUUAACACCUGAACAGAUGGCAAGGUUAGAUGCUGUUUCUGCACCAAAGGAAAUACCAUUUCCAUAUUCUAUAUAUUCAAAUCUUGAGAAAUAUGUUGGCAAAGGAAUGCAAAUUCCUGACAAGUAUAAACCCAUUUUUAUGAUGGGUGCACAAGAAAAAUUUUAG